CAAAUGGCGAUGUAAUCGUAACCCUCUUACCAGCCAAUACCAAAUUUCCAUGGGUGACACCAGCAAUUUUCCGACCUGAACUGGUACCUGAAGAGCUUAUGGCUCAAGGAUUAACUCUCACCGUUGAGGAAUAUGUUCAUGCCAUGGAGACCCUGGUCAAUGAUUAUCGUUUCACGAUGUAUAACAUUUGCUAUAAGCGGAUAUUGGUAUGCUGGAUUCUCUUUGCAUUUACGGUCCUGCUAACCUUGCUGUUCUCUGGCCUACAAGGCGUGGCUCUGUUUUCAUUGGGUGUCGGUUGGUUAUUCCUAAAUGCUGCUGCCAUAUUUUUGUGUAUGUGGGUGAAGUUACGCUUGGCCAGAGGACUAGAAAAAUGUCUCGCUCGUGUCAAUAAGCAACUGAUAAAACAUAAAAUCCUUCUCGUGCUGGAUGAUCGUGGUCGCAUAUCGUGUCAUAAAGUUAAUUUGUGUUUCUUGUAUUUCGAUUCGGGUCCAUGUGUGAGUUUCCUCAAUGAAUUCUUGGAGCAUACGGAACAGAAUGGUGGGGAGGCGAUUAAGGCUGGAUGGGAACGGAAAUUGGAUAUUGAUUUGAAUGACAUUGUCAUUCAAGGCAGCACACCAGUGAGGGUCUCAAGAAAACAGGAACAAGCUGGUCAACUAUUUCUCCGCUAUGCAUCACGUUGGGGACGAGAAGCCAUCCGGGGUUUAGUUGAUGUUACCCCCUUGGAGCCGGGACGUCAUUGUGGUCAAUUCCAGUGCCCAUGCCAGUAUAUCAAAGAUCAUUUGCAGUGCAAGCCGAGAGGUUAUCCCUGCAGUUGUGUUGCCUACGGUUCUAAUCCACAAUAUCGUGAUCCUUAUUAAAUAUUUGUUUGUGU